UCACAAAACAACGAAUGCAGGCAAUUAUGGAUAGUCUAGUUGGACAUGAUACGGAUCCAUUCCUGUCGCAGCUUCGCAACGCCAUAAAAGAUGCUGCAGGCACGGCGAGCGGUACUGCAGAAGAGGCUGGCGUGACGCUUUCGGGAGAUAUCUGGAAGCGGAUCGCGGAUGGCAUAAGUGUGCUGUCUUGCAGCGCUCCUGAUGACGUCAGGUCUCAGAUGUCUCCGUACUUGCACGCAUCCGCUCACCUGCUACUCCCGGUUCCGUCGACGUGCGCUUUCACUUCCAUCACCGCACGCGCAUACACGGAGUCGAUUACGACUACGCGCUCGCAUCCCGUGUCAAUGCGCAUCCCACUCCGUCCCCAUGUGCGUACAACAGUAACAACCUGGAUAUCGACAGUCGCUCUGCGAUCACUGUGAGCGAACUUCGAGCGGCGCACGAUGUGCCUUUCGGCGCAGCCCCUAGCAGCAUGGAUGUGACACUGGGCGGGGGCGUCGGGUUGCGCGAGAUGGCGCUACUGAUGAUGGGGUCCGCGGGGCCUGGCGGUCUGUGCUCUGAGUUGGCCGGUCAGAAGCUGGGUCUUAGCGCGGCUCACUCACGCCAGGUCUGUGGUAUCUUGCCAGUGACUGGUAACGGUAAGCGCGUCCUUUUGUCGGAUGAGCCGUCCUGACGUGUCGUUUCAAACAUGGCGGACUUCUCACGCGAGCAAGUGACCGAGCUACUAGAUGGCUCGAAGGACGAAGAUCGGGACUCAGAUGACAAUGACGAC